UUUAAGAAUGGCUCUACUUUAUGUCAUUUUCACAAAAUAGGAAACAUUUCAAGCCCAGUUGGAAGUCCUCGUUGCUCUUUCUGUCAUCAACAAAGUCCUUUAUUUUUAUAUAGAACAGUUUUUUUAUUUUUAUAGAUGCUAAUAAAUACUAAUAAGUUAAUAAAUAAUAGUAUGACUCUUUACAAAUAUAAUGAGAAAUCUAAAGAGGAAAAAAAUCACAUGUAAGUACAUUUUUUUUAAAAAAACAAUCAUUGUUUUAUUUAGCCAGAAUGCCUCCCACUCAGGCAGAAAGUGUUAUAAAGAAUAUCAUUCGAGAAAUAGGACAAGAAUGUGCAGGCCAUGGAGAGAUUGUUUCUGAAACUCUGGCUGCUUUUAUGGUGAAAGCUGUUGUCUUGGACCCAAGUAAUGGCUUUAACAUGGAUAGACCCCUCAUGAAAAGUGAUGUACAGAAACUCGUUAAGCUUUGUGUGUCUCGGCUGUUGGAUAGUAAAAAUCCAUCCCUGGACACCAUUAAGAUGCAAGUCUACUUUGAUAUGAAUUAUACAAGUCGAGUUUUAGCUGCCCUGCAGAGUAUUUUUCCUCAGGCUGAGCUUGGGACAUUUCUAACACUUUCUAAGAAGGACAAAGAACGCCAACUGAAAGAACUCACCAUGAUUGUUACUGGGAUUCGCUUAUUUAACCGAGACUGUGGAAAGGGAGGAGAAGGCAUUGAUGACUUGCCAGCCAUUCUGCACGAAGCAAUCCCAGCCACCACGCAGCACAUUGAUUCCCAACUUCGGACUGCCCAGGACCAGGCCUACCGCUACACGGCCGUCCUUGAGAAGGCAGCCAACAACCCGCUCCUGCGUACAGAGCUUCAGCCGUGUAUGUUAAAAGAAGCACUGUAUAAUGUGCGGCAGUACGAGGUCUUCCUUCAGAUCAUUUUGUCAGAUAUAAUUACCUGUGCUCAAGAAGUAGAAAUGAUGAUAAAGCAGUUAGGAGCCCAACUGGAACAAUUAAAAAUGAUUGUAAAAUCAAAGACAGCUGUCCCAACGUCACAAGUCUUUCCCAUCUUCAUCGCACUUUCCAACCUGUGGACUAGCUUCCAGGAUGAAACUGUUUUGAUUAGUGUCCUCAGUAAUUUAACAACUCAUCUUGAACCAUUCCUGGGUGCUCAUGAGCUACUCUUUCCUGAGAAAGUCAUACAGAAUCUUCUUGAUGGGCUGACUGUGAAAACUGAUGUGUGUAGGGUGAAGGAACACCUGGAAGAUAGAGUACAUCUGGUGGAUUUCAGAAAACAAGAAUGGCUUUUCCCAGAAACAACAGCAAAUUUUGAUAAAUUGUUAAUUCAGUAUCGGGGAUUUUGUGCUUACACAUUUGCUGCAACAGAUGGUCUUCUCCUUCCAGGAAAUCCAGCAAUUGGGAUUUUGAAAUAUAAAGAAAAGUAUUACACUUUCAAUACCAGAGAUGCUGCAUAUUUAUUUGCAGAAAAUCCUGAAAAUUAUAUUGAUUUAAUUAGAGAAAAGGCCAAAAAAAAUACAGAAUUAAUUCAGCUCCUGGAGCUUCAUCAACAGUUCGAAACCCUCAUUCCAUAUUCUCAGAUGAAGGAUGUUGACAAACAUAUAAAACCAAUUACAAAGUCUGAAAGUAGCUCACAGACGGAUACGCACAUAUUGCCACCAACAAUUGUGAGAUCAUAUGAGUGGAAUGAAUGGGAAUUAAGAAGAAAAGCUAUAAAAUUGGCCAAUUUGCAUCAGAAAGCUACUCACUCAGUACAAACUGAUCUUAGUCACAUGAGAAGAGAAAAUUGUUCACAGGUGUACCCACCCAAGGAUGCUGGCACGCAGUCUAAGAGCGAAGGCAGCAGCCGCGUGCCCAGGCCCCAGAUUUACAUAGCUGGUCUCCGUGGGGGACAGGGUAAAGUCACCUCUGGGGUCAAGGUGAACUUAACUAGAGCUGUUGAUGAGACCUAGUUAGAGACUGAAUUUUUAAAGUAGAUCUCACCAAGUUAUGAGCAGUGGCAAAUAUUGACAAGUAUCUUUGCAUCCUUUAAAAUUAGUUAAUUUUGUGGGUCUGGCACAUUCAUCGGUUGUGUGAAUGUUUUCUGGAUUCUCAUGUAUAUUCGCUGUCAGCCUGCUACAAAAAACUAAAAGUUGUUUCUGUAACACAUUUUGCAUUUUAUUAAAAUUGAAAAGUAAAACUCUGUCCACUCAGCUUUUAUUUGUCAGAAAAGGUUUGGCAGCAUUAAAGGCUGAAAUUAUGAUGCUCUUUAGAUAUUAAUAUAUUUAUAAGAUUGUG